CUUCCACUCUCACAUGUCAAAAAGUGAUUCUUCUAUGCAGUUGUUGGUUGUAAAGAACAAAGAAAAAAUGAAGUAUAAAAUGAAUUAUCCAUUCACAUUCACACUGUCAUUUUAUUUUGGUCUGAAAAAGCUAAAGAAAUCGAAUAUGUUGUUCCUAUUCAAUGUGAGCAUCUGACACAUUCUUCUUCACCUUCUGAAACUUUGAAUCGGUGGUUAUACGCACACGCAUAUAUUGUUGCUUUGACUGUUAUCUUUGAUACCAAGUCAAGUAUUUGGUCGAAUAUUAUUUUUUACUUUUUUUUUGCGGUCAAAUGGCUGCUUCUUCGUCUAGAGGACGAAGUAGCUCGCCAUCGCCAUUUCAUUAUCGUAAACAAUCAAAUUCAUUUUCAUCUUCAAAUUCAUUUAUGAAUGGUGGUCGUCUUAUGCCGAGAUCAGUUUCUUCUUCAACUACAUCUUUUAUUGGCUCUGCCUCUGGUUCCAGAUCCAUGACUCCUAGCCGGAACCGAACUGAUUUAGCUUAUUCACGACCUCACGGGAAUCGUUCGCCGGUUAAUUAUCCUUCAGCUGAGGAAUUGUUGGUUAAUGAGCCGGUGGAUAUGUCCAGAUCGGGAGAGAGUAUUUCUGUGACUGUUAGGUUUCGGCCAAUGAGUGAAAGAGAAUAUCAGAAAGGCGAUGAAAGUGCUUGGUAUGCAGAUGGUGAUAAAAUUGUGCGGAAUGAGUAUAAUCCUGCAACAGCUUAUGCCUUUGAUAGAGUAUUUGGACCUGAUACAAGUACCCAGGAUGUUUAUGAAGUAGCUGCCCGACCCGUUGUGAAGGCUGCAAUGGAAGGCAUUAACGGCACAGUUUUCGCCUAUGGUGUUACAAGUAGUGGCAAGACGCACACUAUGCAUGGAGAUCAUAUUUCUCCAGGUAUAAUUCCGUUGGCGAUAAAGGAUGUUUUUAGCAUCAUUCAAGAUACUCCUGGAUGCGAGUUCUUACUUCGCGUAUCAUAUCUUGAAAUUUAUAAUGAGGUUAUCAAUGACUUGCUGGAUCCAACUGGCCAGAAUCUGCGUGUCAGGGAAGAUAAUCAGGGUACUUAUGUUGAAGGUAUAAAGGAAGAAGUUGUUUUGUCACCUGGGCAUGCACUUUCUUUCAUUGCUGCAGGGGAAGAGCAUCGACACGUUGGUUCCAACAAUUUCAACUUGUUUAGCAGCCGUAGUCACACAAUAUUUACCUUGAUGAUUGAAAGUAGUGCUCAUGGAGACGAAUAUGAUGGAGUGGUCUUCUCACAGCUUAACUUGAUUGAUUUAGCUGGAUCUGAGAGUUCUAAAACUGAAACAACGGGAUUGCGGAGAAAGGAAGGAUCAUAUAUCAACAAAAGUCUUCUGACUCUUGGAACUGUCAUUGGAAAGUUGAGUGAAGGGAAGUCAUCUCAUGUUCCUUACCGGGAUUCUAAACUUACUCGGCUGCUCCAGACUUCACUGAGUGGGCAUGGACAUGUGUCUCUCAUAUGUACUGUUACUCCUGCAUCAAGCAAUAUGGAGGAAACACACAAUACACUGAAGUUUGCAAGCAGGGCUAAACGUGUGGAGAUUUAUGCAUCACGCAACAAGAUUAUUGAUGAGAAAUCCCUGAUUAAGAAAUAUCAAAGGGAAAUAUCAUGUCUCAAAGAAGAGCUUGAUCAACUAAGAAGUGGGAUGCUUGUCGGUGUUAAUCCUGUAGAACUUAUGACUUUGAAACAGCAGUUAGAAGAAGGGCAAGUGAAAAUGCAAUCAAGAUUGGAAGAGGAGGAGGAAGCCAAGGCAGCUUUAAUGAGCCGGAUACAGAGGCUAACUAAACUGAUCCUUGUUUCUUCAAAGAAUUCAAUCCCUGGGUAUUUGGGUGAUGUUGCUGGGCAUCAGAGGAGCCAUUCUCCUCCUGAAGAUGAUAAGAUGGAUAGUUCUAUGCUUAUAGAUGGCGAGAAUCAGAAAGACCCUUCAGCAGAUACUUCUGAUCCGAAACACAGAAGAUCUUCUAGCAAGUGGAAUGAUGGUAUAUCUCAGGUGGGGAAUGCAAUCACUGAAUCAGCUCAGGAAGGAAUUUCUAUGUCUGAUCAGAUGGACCUUCUAGUUGAGCAAGUCAAGAUGCUUGCUGGAGAGAUUGCCUUCAGCACCAGUACAUUGAAACGCCUUGUUGAGCAAUCUGUUAAUGACCCCGAGAGUUCGCAAACACAAAUUCAAAAUUUAGAGUGUGAAAUUCAAGAGAAGAGAAAGCAAAUGAGGAUGUUGGAACAACAUAUUGUUGAAAGUGGUAAAGCAUCUGUUGCAAAUGCAUCCUUCGUCGAAAUGCAGCAGACUUUGAUGAAAUUGAUGACACAAUGUAGUGAGCAGAGUUUCGAGCUUGAGAUAAAAUCUGCAGAUAAUCGGAUUCUCCAGGAACAGCUGCAGAACAAGUGCUUAGAGAACAAGGAACUACAAGAAAAGAUUUGUCGUGUUGAACAGCAGCUAGCUGCAUUUAAGGCAGAACAAGCGAAUCCCUCAUCAGAAAGAUGUGUAUCUGAUGAAUAUAUUGAUGAGCUUAGAAGGAAAAUUCAGUCCCAGGAUGUUGAGAAUGACAAGCUAAAGCUGGAACAUAUUCAGCUUGCGGAGGAGAACAGUGGGCUGCAUGUGCAAAACCAGAAAUUGUCAGAGGAAGCUUCAUACGCAAAAGAAUUAGCAUCUGCUGCUGCUGUUGAACUGAAAAAUUUAGCUGCUGAAGUCACAAAGCUCUCAUUACAGAAUGCAAAACUGGAGAAAGAAUUGUUGGCUGCCCGAGAGAUGUCGAGAUCUAGGAGUUCCAAUGCACAAACUGGUAACGUCAGUAGCAGAAAGCAUGGUGAAAACAUAAGACCAGGGCGUAGAGGCCGGGUUUCUGGUCGAGUAAGUGAAAUUUCAGGAGGGAUUCAUGAUGACUUCGACACGUGGGACCUAGAUCCUGAAGAUCUAAAGAUGGAGUUGCAAGCAAGAAAACAACGUGAAGCAGUUCUUGAGGCUGCGUUGGCUGACAAGGAGAUUGUGGAAGAUGAGUACAGGAAAAAGGUAGAGGAGGGAAAGAAAAGGGAGGCUUCUUUGGAAAAUGAUUUGGCAAAUAUGUGGGUGCUCGUCGCUCAACUAAAGAAAGAGAAUAGUGCUAGGCAAGACUUGAAACUGGCAGCUGACUGUCAAUUAAGUGGAGAAGGCAAUAUGGUGAAUCCAGAAAUUAAUGUUGGUGACAACAAGGAUCUCAUCCCUGAUGUUAGCCAAGACGGGGUUCAUACAAAUGCAGCUGCUGAGAUUCUGAAGGAAGAACCUCUGGUGGCCCACUUGAAGGCUCGAAUGCAAGAAAUGAAGGAGAAAGAUAUACACUUGGGCAAUGGUGAUGCAAAUUCACAUAUAUGCAAAGUAUGUUUUGAGUCACCUACUGCUGCAAUGCUCCUUCCUUGCCGACAUUUUUGUUUGUGCAAGUCUUGUUCCCUGGCUUGCAUUGAGUGUCCAAUUUGUCGGACAAAAAUUGUAGAUAGGAUUUUUGCUUUUACUUGACUUUGCACUUCAAUUGCAUGGAAUGAUGGUGCAAAAAAAGGAGUUCAUUUAUUCUCGUCAACUUGCCAUAUUCUAUUAUAUUCUUUUAUUAGUUCCACUGUAUGUAAAUUUCCGGCUACCCUAUUCAAAUGCUAUAUCAUUUUUACAAUGUACUUAACCAAGGACUAUCAAAGAAAAAGACAAAGCAACAGAGGAAGUGAUGCAAAUUAGUAAAUCUGAAGUUCUCAGGAGUUGCUAUAUGAUCUCCUUGACCUUUAAAUGUAGUGUAUAGAACAGAUGUGUAAUACAAAAUGUCAUGUUAACGUUGUAUUUUUUUAUUUUUUUUUGCAAUUUUUUUAACCGUCUAUAUCAAUUGUCUGUAGUAAGAGUUGCUAGAUGAUGUAUAAGUUGUAAUUGUAAUUGAUUAACUCAGUUGUCAUGUAGUUAGUUAUGCAGUUUGAUAUUUGUUAGAGGUGGUUAGUAGUGACACAAAUAUCCCCAAGUUUUUUAACUGCAGGUACUUUCUUUCUCUUCA